AUGGUUAAUGGUAUAGACAUCCACAACAUUAAAGACAGUGACCUGUCAGAAAAUGAACAAAAUCUAAUAAAAGAAAUUGAAUCAUCAUGUGAAAACAAAAGGGACACUAUUAUUGAGCAUGGAUACACUGGGUCAGUUAACCAAGACUACGUCAAAGAAAUUGUUGGAUCUGUCAAGGUAUUUUGAUUCUUUUAUUUCUAAUAAUUAUUUCUGUUUGGUUACCUAUUCCUUAUUUGAAUACUUAGUAUAUCGCAUUAUAAUAUGCAGAUUUGUUUACUCUGCUAUUAAUCACGUGACUUUCGCUCAUUUCAAUGAGCAAUGUUAUGCACACUAUUUGCCCCAUUUUUAUCUCUUCAAAAGACCAACAAAAAGUCAAAUCUGAAUAGGAUCAUUUUUUCAAUGCAUUGAAUUUUUAAUGGUUUUAAUAAAUUGACAGGUAACUCAACCAUAACGGAAAAAAUUUGUUUUUGUUUUUUAUCCAGGUAAGCCUCGUGAAUUGGAGGGUAUUGUACAUGGAAGAAUUCCUGGGUGGCAUGAGAGCGUAUGGGUUAGAUGAGCUGAUCAAGAAUCAUCCUAAAGCAUGCAAGCCACUGUUUGUCGAUGGCGAUUUCAAAAAGAGCUUAGUGCCUGAUGCCAACUAUUUGCUUUCUAUAAUUUAUCCUGUCUAUUCAGAAGAAGGCUCAUCAAGAAAACAAAUUGAGGAUAAGAUGAUCGAUUUCUUCCAAGACACCCUGCUCUCCUUCGAAGAUGCCGUGCUGCUGGAUACACCAGUGCCGUGGCAUGGAUCUCGGAUCAAUUAG